GUGAAACUGAUAAAGAAUGCACUGAUACUAUGUCUAAAUUAAGAAAACAUAAUAUUGGAUCUAUUCUUGGUCCAUCUAUUGAAACUGAUUUAAAUCAAUAUGAAACUUCAUCAGAUUUUGAAAAUGAUGAAAAAUUCAAUCAAGUUACCAAUGAAUAUUUAAGUUGCAUUAAAACUAUAUCAAAGCAACCUGACAGUUUUGUUGCUGUUAAAAUUACUGGUCUUUCAGACCCUUUAAUUUUAAAAAAUUUGACUUUAACUUUGAAUUCUCUAAACAAAGCCUUCGAUCAAUUCGACAAUGAUCAAGAUGGGUCAUUAAGAAAACCUGAAUUAAAAAAUCUUUUUGUUAAAAUUUUUGGAGAAAGUGAAACACGUCUUAUUGACAGAAUUUUGGAUAAAGCAAACUCUGAUAAUAGAUUAAUCAAUCGAUUGGACUAUUUUAAGAUUUUACUGGAUAAUCGGGAUUUUAUGAUCAAAAAUUCAAUGUUAAAUCAAAAAAUGAUUAAAGGCUUUAAUCAAUUAUUAACUAGACUUGAACAAAUUAGCAAGACAGCGCAACAAUAUAAUGUAAAAUUAUUAAUAGAUGCGGAACAAACUUAUUUCCAACCAGCAGUCGAUUACAUAGCAAUGGGGCUAUCUUUAAAAUACAAUAAAUUAACUGACGAUGAUAAUUUUCAAAAUGGUCCAAUAAUAUUUAAUACAUAUCAAAUGUAUCUCAAAGAUUCACCAUCAAGAUUACAAAGAGAUUAUGAACUAUCACAAAGAAACAAAGUUAGAUUUGCAGCAAAACUUGUUCGCGGUGCCUAUAUGGUUAGUGAAAGAUCGAUCGCUAAUGAAUCAGGUUAUCCGGAUCCUAUCCACGAUAGUCUAGAAGAUACCCAUGAAUCUUAUAAUGGUGCUGUUUCUUAUUUAUUAAGCGAACUGUAUAAAAGUAAAAAGAAUUUAGAAGCUAAAAAUGUCAAUGAUGGCAGCAUUCACGAUUCAAAUAUUAGCAACAACCCUUUGGCAUUUAUUAUUGCUUCGCAUAAUCAAGAAACCAUAAUUAAGGCAUGUGAAAAAUUAGAACAGUUUGGAAUUGAUUUAAAUUCUGGUGCCGUAUAUUUUGCUCAAUUGUAUGGAAUGUGUGAUCAAAUCACGUACACGCUUGGAGAUCUUGGUUAUCCCGUAUAUAAAUAUAUUACAUAUGGAAAGGUAAAUGAAGUUAUUCCGUUUUUAAUAAGAAGAGCUCAGGAAAAUACUUCAGUACUUGAUGGUCGUGCGGCAAUUGAACAAAAUGCAUUAUGGAAUGAAAUAAUUAGCAGGCUUAAAUUUUGUAAGUAA